CUUCGGUUUGAGUAAAUCCUUCGUCAUUUUGACAGCGAGUUUCUAUACUUUUCGACAACUAUGUGGCCAGAUGGCGCAAUUUUCAAAAUGGCUGAAAAUAGUGAGACGCAUGUAGUUCGUUUGGAAUAAAAGUGUCUACGUUUUCCAUUCCAUUCAAAUUCCAUUCAAAUGAUAAUGUUCACACAAUUGUUUACUUUAUUCGCUCUCGUGUCAACCAUAACACGUGUUGCGUCUGCGCAAGAACCGGUGCGGCAAAUGAUGUCAGAACAGUCCGAACGGUCCGAACCAAUCGCUAGUCAAAUGAACGAUGACGAAUCAAUCAAGAGUGGCGGGAUUAACGAACAAAUAUUCAAACAAUAUUUUGUAAAACGACGAAAAGAACAUUUGGACGUCGUAAAAAAUCUGAGGAGAAUGGAAAAUUAUGAACAACGAUACAAAAUGGUAUCGAUGCUUGCUGAAAAUUCUCUGUCUAUCAUCGGGCUCAAUCAAGAGAUUAUUGAGGGUGUAAAUAUCUCAUUUGGAAACGGGGAAGAAUUUAAAAAUUCAACCGUCAGACUAGCCUUAACAACAAUUUUGGAGACUUGUGCUCUCUUCGGUGACGUCAUUUUACAGUUACCUGAUAUCACACGAAGAGUGUUGAAGGAUCAAAAAAAUUGGAAUGCCACACUCCGAUGGGGCCUGAACUUUGUCAACGAAACGCGACAUCUUGUCGAUGAUCCGACCGUCGCAAUGUUUGAUUUGGUUCGUCAAGAGUUAAAAAUAGUGCCUCGACAUCCAAAUUACACGAACAAAUUUUGGCCGAAAAAUAUUGCGAAUCCGACGAACGAUAAAACCAAAAAAAAGGAUAAAAAAUCGAAGAAAAAUAGAGGCCCACGGAUGGUCAACAUUGAAUUGUAAUUUUUUUCAUUCAAAUAAACUUUAUCAAGACCAA